AUGUCGCGUUACUGCAGGCACAAGUACAAGAGGGGGGACCUGGUUUUUGCCAAGUUAAAGGGCUACGCCCACUGGCCGGCCAGGAUAGAGCAAAUGGCCUCCCCGAAUCGCUAUCAAGUGUUUUUUUUCGGGACCCACGAGACGGCCUUCCUGAGCCCCCAACGCCUCUUCCCGUACGAGGAGGCCAAGGAGAAGUUCGGCAGGCCCAACAAGAGGAGGGGGUUCAGCGCGGGGCUGUGGGAGAUCGAGAACAAUCCUACCGUCCAGGUCGCCGGCCAGCCCCUGGCCCAAGAGAAGAGCUGCGCGGAAGGGCCACCGCCGGCGUCCGAGGGCGACGGGGACCAGGAGAGCAUCGCCGACGGCGACAGUGAUGAGCAGGGGAAGCCCGGCGUCGACCAGACGGUCCAGGAGGCGGGCGAGAAGGGGCCGCUGAAGAGGAGCGCGGGGGAGCUGCCGGAGGACGCCGCCAAGCGUCCCAAGGAGGCCGCGCCAGAAGCGGAGGAGGAGGAGGAGGAGGCCGCCGGGGAGGCCGCGCUGCUGCUGGAGCCGGAGGAGGAGGACGCCAGCGCCACGGCCCAGCCAGGCCUGGCAGGAGGGUCGCCCCCAGAGGAGCGGGAACCCGAGGAGGAGGCCGCCGAGAAAGACGUCGAGGCCCCAGGCGUUGGAGGAGGUCGCGAGAGCCUGUAGUCACCAAAGUCUCAAGAAGAGACCCUGUCCCCCGUUCCUGCUGCGGCCUGGCUGUUACUCGGGAAACCGG